GUAACGUGUAUUCGAAAAAGCACUGACUCAAAUUAGUCAAUAAACCCCACUUCAAUUGAUAAGAUUUCAGUUGAAUUGUUACAAAUAAAAACAUAAAUGCGUAUAAAAUGUUAACAGCCAAUCACUCAGUAUGGCAAUAAAUUGGUUCAGAUUGAUCUGUCUACUUGGUGUCUUCUAUAGUACUAUCCACCAUAACGACGCGAAAACGGUACUUAUUCAAGAGCUAACUAAAUGGACGUUGAGAAGUGAAAACUCCUCACUGGAAACAAGCGUACCCCGAAUGCCAUCUGGAGUAUAUACGGCGCUUAAGGAUUUCUAUGGAGACUUGCUAGAUCCCGGAAAUGAUGUAGCUCUUCGCUGGAUAGCCAACCAGUCGUGGAUAUUCAGCACAAAAUUUGACAGUGCCGAAAUGGGUCACGAAAUGGUGAACCUGACACUCCACGGAAUCGACACUGUAUCCCAAGUGCGCGUCAACGGGCAACUACUUGGCGAGACUGACAACAUGUUCGUCCGCUACUCGUUUGCCAUCGGCCACCUGCUCUUACCUAGUCCAAAUCAAAACAUUUUGGAGGUUGAGAUUUUAUCGCCCAUACAGGAGGCAAGUCGGCGCUUCCGAGAGCUAGAAAAAGAGGGAGUUUUUACGGGACCACCCAGCUGCCCAAGGGCACGUGGAGACGUCGAGUGCCAUCGGAAUUAUCUACGCAAAAUGCAAAUGAGCUUUGGCGGCGAGUGGAACCCUGUAGCGCUCUCCUCGGGUAUAUGGAAGCCUGUUGCAGUCGAGUACUAUACAGUGGCUGUGCUACGCGACGUCGAUGUGGCCAUCAAGAGGAACAAAACUUACUGGACGUUGGAUUGCCGCGCCUUUCUUGAUACUACUGCAUCAAAGGAUUUCUAUGUGGACCUUAAGGCUUAUGCCAGUGAUCUGUUAGAUAAACCAUUUGUUUUGGAAAACCAACUUGUUUCGUUUACGUCUCCCGUGCUAGAGUUCCAAAUAUCUAUACCAGAAGACCGAGUUACUAUGUGGUGGCCCAACGGCUACGGCAAGCAGAUGCUCUACCCAAUACUUUUUAAAGUGAAAUGCUACACCAGCGACGCUGUCCCCAACCUGAGCUCACGAACAGAGUCGCAGAAGAUAUUGAAGGUUGGGUUUCGCACCUUAGAGCUGGUAGAGAACACAGAUCAAAGUGGCAGGACAUUCUUUUUCCGGGUGAACGGUCACCCGAUCUUCACGAAAGGUGCGAAUUACAUACCUGCUCAUACACUUCCGGAGUUGUCAGCAGAGACGGAGUCAGUCGAAUAUUUGCUGAAAGCUGCACACCAGGCCAACAUGAACAUGAUUCGCGUUUGGGGAGGAGGUCUCUACGAGUCAGAGAAUUUCUACAACUUGGCUGAUUUCUACGGGCUGCUAGUGUGGCAAGACAUGGCGUUUUCCCGAGCAGCAUACCCCUUAGAAAAGGACUUCGUGGCCUCCGUCUGUCUGGAGACUGCGCAAAACGCUCAGCGUCUGUCAUAUCAUCCAAGCCUCGCACUAAUCGCGGCCAAUAACGAGAUUGAGCUUUUCCUUGUAACGAACAAAUCAGACUUUGGGGAAGGCGCCAACCGCAUUGAGAACGAUUAUAAUGCGCUAUUUGACACCAUAAUGGGGGAACUGAGCAUCAUAUCUCGUAAUGAUUUCAGUCCUCGUCCUGGUCCAAUGAUUUCCACACCCUCGCUGGGGGUCGCACCAUACGCUGAUGAUAUGCCUACGAAUCCUCAAGAUCCAAACUAUGGUGAUGUGCAUUUAUGGGUAGACGACAAGGAUGGUUUCAGCCCUGAGACUUAUCCGCACGCUCGAUUUGUUUCUGAAUUUGGUUACGCAAGCCUUCCAAUGCUCUCAACAUGGCAGCGUGCGCUGGGAGGUGGUUCAAACGUCAGUAACGAGGAGAUUGCUUCCCUCAUCCGAAGCCGGCAGCAUGACAUAAAGGGAUUCAUUCCGAUGCUUCAGCAAAUCUCGUAUCAACUGCCGUUCACUCCUCAGAACUGGGACGAGAACAUUGAAAAGUUCAUAUAUUUCAGCCAGGUGGCACAAGCCAUGGCGACCAAGACAGCGAUCGAACUGUUUCGCAGCCUACGCACUGGAAACCAGACAAUGGGCGCCCUAAUCUGGCAGCUUAACGACGUUUGGGUGGCUCCGACAUGGUCGUGCAUCGACUUUUACGGAAACUUUAAACUGAUUUACUACUGGGCCAAGGAGUUUCUGGCCUCAAAAUGCGUUAUUGCCUUGUAUGACGCUAGCUCAAAUAACCUUAAUAUCACGCUAACCAGGGAGGAUUAUGCGGACCAUUUGGACUCCCAGUUUUACAAUGUACUGAUAAACACCUACCUAUGGACUGACCUGAUUGCUAAGAAAACAAUUGCCCGUGCUUUUGGUUUGGGAUCAAAUCAGCUUGAAGUGCGCCCCAUACCUCUUGAACUGUUGCUGUACGAAAACCACUCAAAAGAGGAAAUAUUCUUAGAAAUAGUUUUGGAGGAUAAAGAUAAGGAGACCGUGGCUAGAAACUAUUACUAUCCGGUGCCUAUGAAAAAUAUCAGUGGAAUAAAAGACCCGGAACUUACAGUGCAAGUCGCAGGUCAAGAUUGCAACAACGCACAAUCUCCGUAUACCAACAGUUUCAGUUUGCUAGUCACUGUACGGUUUCCGGCUUUACUUGUAUAUCUUGAAUUAGUACAUCCGGAUUACAUCACAAAACGCCAUACGUUUUCCAUAAAUGGCUUUACUCAGACGGAACCAAGAAAAACGGUCUACUUGCUGUUUGAAGAUGACUCGGAAUGCCUUACGCUAACUAGUGAUGACAUAAAGGUUCAAACUAUCAACCAAUAUUUAUUACAAAAUAAUUAAUAUUGUAUUCAAAUUUCAAAGUAUUAUAUAAUUUGAAUGGCUCAAACAGCAUUCUUAUCCGAAGUUGCUUGCAGAAUCACUGUCAACGAUGUAUCGAUGUUUCAGAUUCCUAGAACUACUAUUAUUAUAUUAAAAGGUUAAAACUAAAAAAUUGUUGUUUCUCCACUUGAUGAGAAAUUAGCUAGUUAACCGGGAAAUCAAAUAAAAAAAAAACAUUUUUGAACGAUUUUA